UCCUACCCUGCUGUUACCUUUCGCCUACUAGGCAUUAAUAGCAGGUCCUUGCAUGUGACUUCUGUCCUGAGAGUCCUUGACGGCAGAUGACAAGUGCUGGUCGUCUGCAGCAGGUUGUGAGGGCUGUGAGCACAGAACGGUUUAGAGAGCACCAGUAACAAUGCAGGCUCACGAGAUAUUCAAGAGUAUCCGGAUCCCCGAGCUGGUAGACGUUCGUCAGUAUGUUCGUACUCUUCCCACAAACACCUUGAUGGGCUUUGGUGCCUUUGCAGCUCUAACGACUUACUGGUACGCCACAAGACCUAAAGCCCUGAAACCCCCCUGUGACCUGGCCAUGCAGUCUGUGGAAGUGAAGGGAGACGAACAUGCUCGUAGAUCGACUCUGCUGGACAGUGAUGAGGUCAUCGUUUACUACUAUGAUGACAUCACAACACUAUAUGAAGUGUUUCAGAGAGGACUGAGAGUGUCAAAUAAUGGACCUUGCUUGGGACAUAGGAAGCCUAAUCAGCCGUAUCAGUGGAUAUCCUAUCAAGAGGUGUCAGAUCGGGCCGAGUAUGUGGGCUCUGCCUUGCUGCAUCGGGGCUGUAAACCAAAUUCUGAACAAUUUAUUGGCAUUUUUGCACAAAACAGGCCGGAGUGGAUAAUCACAGAACUGAGCUGCUACACCUACUCCAUGGUGGCUGUGCCACUCUAUGAUACUCUUGGAGCUGAAGCGAUUACCUACAUCAUAAACAAAGCGGAGAUUACUUUUGUGUUCUGUGACAACACUGAAAAGGCAAAGUUACUACUGGGCAAUGUGGAAAGUGGAGACACCCCCAACCUGCGUACUAUAGUGCUUAUGGAACCCUUUGAUGAAGAUCUUGUGGAAAGAGGCAAGAAGUACGGUGUUGAAAUUAUCAGCCUGAGAGACUUGGAGGAAGAAGGAAAAAAUCAUCAUGAGAAACCAAAGCCUCCAAAACCAGAAGACCUGGCAGUAGUUUGCUUCACAAGUGGGACAACAGGAAAUCCAAAGGGUGCGAAGCUUACUCAUAAGAAUAUUGUGAGCAACAGCGCAGCUUUUCUUAAAGUGACAGAAGAGUUGGCGUUUCCGUCUACUGAAGACGUUCUUAUCUCUUUCUUGCCGCUGGCGCAUAUGUUUGAGAGAGUUGUGGAGUCUGUAGUACUUUGCCAUGGAGCAAGAAUAGGCUUUUUCCAAGGAGACAUUCGACUGUUAAUGGAUGACUUGAAAGUUUUACAACCCACUAUUUUCCCAGUCGUUCCCCGUCUGUUGAAUAGGAUGUUUGACCGGAUCUUUGGACAAGCAAAUACUACUUUAAAACGCUGGCUGUUGGAAUUUGCCUCCAAAAGAAAAGAGGCAGAACUCCGCAGUGGAAUUAUCCGCAAGGAUAGUCUAUGGGAUAAACUCAUAUUUCAGAAAGUUCAGGCCAGCCUUGGGGGAAAAGUGCGACUAAUGAUUACUGGCGCAGCUCCAGUUUCCCCGACUGUGCUGACGUUCUUAAGGGCGGCUCUGGGCUGUCAGUUCUAUGAGGGCUACGGGCAGACUGAAUGCACUGCUGGCUGUUCGCUUACCAUUCCUGGUGACUGGACAGCAGGUCAUGUUGGCGCACCUAUGCCCUGCAAUUAUAUAAAGCUGGUGGAUGUGGAGGACAUGAACUAUUUUGCAGCAAAGGGAGAGGGUGAGAUUUGCGUGAAAGGAGCGAAUGUUUUCCAAGGCUACUUAAAGGAUGAUGAGAAAACUGCCGAAGCUUUGGACAAGGACGGCUGGUUGCAUACAGGAGAUGUUGGGAAAUGGAUGGCUAAUGGUACUUUAAAGAUCAUAGACCGAAAAAAACAUAUAUUUAAAUUAGCCCAGGGUGAAUACAUUGCCCCAGAAAAAAUUGAGAACGUCUACACAAGGAGUGAAGCAGUGGGGCAGAUCUUUGUUCAUGGAGAGAGUUUACAGGCCUUCCUUGUGGCCAUUGUGGUUCCAGACCCUGAUAAUGUACUCAACUGGGCAAAGAAGAAGAAAUUUAAUGAUGCCUAUGAGGACCUUUGCAAGAAUAAGGACUUUAAAAAUGCAGUUCUAGAAGAUCUACUGAGACUGGGGAAAGAAGCUGGUCUGAAAUCAUUUGAACAAGUAAAAGACAUCGCUCUGCACCCAGAAAUGUUUUCGAUCCAAAAUGGGCUCCUAACUCCCACUUUGAAAGCGAAGAGGCCCGAGCUAAGAAAAUACUUCCACGCCCAAAUUGAAGAACUUUAUGCUAAUACCAAAGUAUAAGAAGUCCACAUAGUCAUCUACACACAACCAGCAAGAAAACAAUGACUGGUCAUAGGAAUAAUGAGGAAGUCCUCUAAACAUUGCCUUACGGGUCACCUGUAUUGUCUUUUGUGCUGUGACCUAAUCUUUUCAAACUAGGCCUUCUAAAUUGUGAAGAAUUUGGACCGCCCUACCACAAAUGUCUCUCUAGAACUAAUUGGAUUUUUCUCUGGCGUACAUUACACUUCAGUUCCAAAACUCCAACUUCUUGCCAAACCCGGUCAAAUUUUUGAAAAUCUUGUAUCUAAUUCACAAUGCACAGAAAAUGUAGUGUUAUGGGAUGUAUGCACAUCAAAUUAGGAAUAUUUUAAGGUGGUGAUGUAAUUUACCACAUUUUUCUAAAUGUAAAUGAGACUUGGUACUGCACAGUGUAUUGAACACCUCUUUAAGGAAUUUCUCCCUCAUUCUUGAAGGAAUAUCUUUUUAAGCUGCUAGAGGCCUGCGAUAUGCCUGUUCUUGCCUGCCAGCCCUGUGGAAACUUAAAGUGCAAUUAUUUUGAGAUCUGUGGAAGUGAUCACUUAUUAGAUUGUUAAAGGGGCUUUCUACUUUUCCCAUGUUGAUGAUCUAUCUUUUAGGAAAAGUUAUCAAUAUCAGACUCCCAGCUCCCUCGCCGAUCAACUAUCUACCUGCUGGGCAUUGACAUUGCAGGUGUAAUCCCAGCUCCUCCAUCCCAUUCACUUGAAACGAAUAGAGUGCAACUACAACUGCUCUUUCCCAUUUAGGUGAAUGGGAAGUAGGAGCUGAAAUUGCACUUUACCUGCUUGCCAUCGACAUUAGUGGCGGAAACCGGUGACGAGAACACAGCACUCAUACAUACAGCUGAGGAUAGGCCAUCAUUAUGGGAAAAUUGGAAAGCCCCUUUAAGAGACAUCUACUUUUUUGGAGGGAGGUUAAAAGGGAUAUUGUCAGAACCCCACAAUUUAAGCUGUCCUUGUAUGAUAUAGUUUUCUUUUUUUAGAAAUGCAAGGCACAAGGGAGUUGUAUAUAACAAGCACAACAAUGGUUUGCACUAUGUAAAGACCUGUGAUUUAUCAUGAUGCACUGUAAUCUAUGUCGAGAUCCUUUAUAGCUGCAUAAUGAAACAGUGAAUUUUUAUCUAAAUGCUAUGUGACUUGUUAAUGUUUGCUUAACGGUUUUUCACCCUGUAAGAACCAAAAUGUCUUUGUCCCAGAUCCCUUUUCAGUCCCUUCCAAAAAUGAAGGAAACCAAAAUAAAUGAUUGUAUGAUCUGUU